AUGCUGUAUCGCGAUCUGCUCAAUCCAUCGAGAGUCGAGAAGCAAGUGAACGCAAAGCUACGAGACAACAAACCGAUCGAGAGCGUCGUGCAGCUGCACGAUCCACCGAAUCCAGUGAGAGCCGAGAAGCAAGGCUUGAUUCCGACCGGCAGCAACACGCUGUUCAACGUUCCUCUGAAUCCAGUGAACGCCGAGUUACGAGACAACAAACCGAUCGAGAGCGCCGCGCAGCAGCACGAUCCACUGAAUCCAGUGAAAGCAGAGAUGCAAGGCUUGAUUCCGACCGGCAGCAACACGCAGUUCAACGUUCCUCUGAGUCCAGUGAACGCCGGACAACAAGACAACAAACCGAUCGAGAGCGCCGUGCAGCUGCACGAUCCACCGAAUCCAGUGAGAGCCGAGAAGCAAGGCUUAAUAUCGAUCGACAGCACCACACAGAGAUGCGUUCCACUGAGUCCAGUGAACAAAGAACUGAAAGAAGGGACUACGGAUAGAGAAAUCGUCGCAGACCUAGAAAUUUUCUUCCAACGGAAUAACCAAUUGGUUAAACUGUUCAAAACUGCACUCAAUCAAAUGCCAACGGAUGACUAUGUUGUUGUGAUUAGAGCUGACAAAACACCGGUUGGGCAACAUGAACGCCAAUAUAAUGCACCAACAAUCGACGAAGUGGCGAUCGUCGUUGUAGGUGAAGCAUUCCAGAAACGCGAUAUCGUUUUGCAUCGUAGAGGAGGAGAUGUGCAGUUCAUCUCGGAAACUAACCGGUGUUACGACGGAUUGCAAUAUCCAAUCCUUUUUUGGCAAGGUGAAGAUGGCUACCACUUCAACAUCAAAAUGGUAAAUCCAGCGACUGGCGAGGAAACAGAUCGUCAUGACAUUACUGCACGUGUAUUCAGACAAAAGCUUAAAGUGUUCAUGAACUACAUCGUUAAGCAUCACAUCUUCGGCGAAACACGAUGCUGGAUGUAUUCGAUUGAGUGGCAGAAAAGAGGAUUGCCGCAUGCGCACAUUUUGAUCUGGUUAAUGGUUAAACUAACACCAGAUCAAAUCGAUCAAGUCAUCUCAGCAGAAAUCCCAGACCGAGAUAUUGACCCGCUUCUUUUCGAUAUUGUUAUCAAUAACAUGGUUCAUGGUCCAUGUGGCACACUUAACGUGAACUCACCAUGUAUGACAGAUGGAAAAUGUACCAAAAGAUUCCCAAAACCCUUCGUUACAGAAACAAUCAGUGGCAAUGAUGGUUAUCCAUUGUAUCGUCGGAGAUCACCAGAAGAUGGUGGCCGAUUUGCCACAAUUAGCGGGCGCAUUGAGAUCGACAAUCGUUGGAUCGUACCAUACUCGCCGUUGCUCUCGAAAACAUUCGCCGCCCAUAUUAAUGUUGAGUUCUGCAACUCUGUGAAGUCUAUCAAGUAUAUCACGAAAUAUGUUAACAAGGGGAGCGAUAUGGCUGUGGUUGAGGUGAGAAACACUUCUGGACCUUCGGACGAAAUUGAGCUAUAUCAGCUGGGACGGUAUAUCAGCAGCAACGAAGCGGCAUGGCGAAUUUUUUCUUUCCCGAUCCAUGAAAGACAUCCUACAGUUACCCACUUGGCAGUACACUUGGAGAAUGGACAACGGGUAUAUUUUACUGCAAAUACUGCUCGAGAACGAGUGAUAUCUCCACCCUCAACAACGUUGACUGCCUUCUUUUCGUUAUGCCAAGAAGAUACUUUCGCCCGAACAUUGCUGUACUCCGAAGUGCCAACAUACUACACAUGGAAUGCGUCAACUAAGAAGUUCAUGCGUCGUAAGCAAGGUAGAGCAGUUGCGGGUUAUUCAAAUUUAUAUGCAACCGAUGCAUUAGGUCGCGUGUAUACUGUUCACCCUACCAACUCGGAAUGUUUUUAUCUUCGAUUGUUAUUAAUAAACGUCCGAGGACCCAGAAAUUUCAAUGAUUUGAAAACAGUUAACGGCCUAAUAUGUGCAACUUUUCGAGAAGCAUGCCAGAAAAUGAAUCUAUUAGAAAACGAUGCACACUGGGACGUUGCACUAACUGACGCCGCAGAUACAGCUCGACCUCAGCAAGUUCGUGCAUUGUUCGCGAUCAUAUUGACGACCUGCUCUCCAUCCAAUCCUAAGGAACUAUGGGAAAAACACAAGGACUCCAUGAGUGAUGACAUCUUGCAUCGUGUAAGAUCGGAAAAUCGAAAUCCAGAUAUCGCAUUUAGCCAAUCCAUAUACAACGAAGCUUUGAUUGCGAUUGAAGAUGUUUGUUUGAAUAUCGCUAACAAAUUACUGCCUCAAGUGGGUAUACCAGCGCCGCAUCGAGAUUCAAACAACAUUCUCGAUCGUGAUCUGAGGCAGGAGACAGUCUAUGAUACGGAAGAGUUAUCUUCAUUUGUUGAGAGAAAUAUCCGAAAUAUGAAUGAAGAGCAACGUGCUGUGUACGACACUAUCAUGAGUGCAAUUUUGGAGCAGAGUGGAGGUUUCUUUUUCCUCGAUGCGCCUGGAGGUACAGGCAAAACAUUUUUGAUUUCACUCAUUUUAGCAAGAUUACGAUCGGAACGCAAAAUUGCGUUAGCCAUCGCAUCGACUGGCAUUGCAGCAACCUUACUCGCCGGAGGCAGAACUGCACACUCGGCAUUAAAGCUACCGUUAAAUUUACAGAUCAACGAGGCUCCAACUUGCAACAUUAGCAAAAGUUCUGGAAUGGGAAAAAUUCUAAGAACAUGCGAAAUCAUCAUAUGGGACGAAUGUACCAUGACACACAAAAAAACUCUUGAGGCUCUGAACAAUACCCUUAGGGACUUCCGAGGGAACAACGAGCUUUUCGGUGGUACUUUAAUUUUGUUAUCCGGUGAUUUCCGUCAAACUCUACCAGUUAUCCCAAGAUCAACGCCAGCAGAUGAGUUGCACGCAUGCUUGAAGUCUUCAAUACUAUGGCCGUAUGUUCAGAAACUUACUUUGAAAAUUAAUAUGCGUGUACAGUUGUUGAAUGACGCAUCCGCAGGGCGGUUUGCAAAACAGCUACUAGACAUUGGAAACGGAAAAAUGCCUAUCGAUGAAACAACAAAAUGCAUAACAUUUCCAGCUGAUUUUUGUGAAAUUGUGGCAACCAAAGAUCAGCUUAUAUCGAAGGUGUUUCCAGAUAUUGGUCAUAAUCACAAAAAUCAUCAGUGGCUGAGCGUUCGAGCAAUCCUUGCUCCAAAAAAUCAGGACGUAAACGCUAUUAAUUACAGCAUUCAGGAUGCUAUCGAGGGAGAUGAGAGAACCUACAAAUCCGUUGAUACAGUAACCAAUACUGACGAAGUGGUGAACUAUCCGACAGAGUUCCUCAAUUCUCUUGAUUUGCCUGGUUUGCCACCACACGUCCUGAUUUUGAAAGUUGGUGUGCCAAUAAUACUACUGCGGAACAUUAAUCCCCCACGGCUUUGCAACGGCACUCGGCUCGCUGUUAAAAGAUUGAUGGAUAAUAUCAUCGAGGCAACCAUUUUGAAUGGCAAGUUUAAAGGAGAAGACGUUCUGUUACCACGUAUUCCGAUGAUACCAACGGAUCUGCCUUUUGAUUUUAAAAGGUUGCAGUUCCCUGUACGACUGGCUUUUGCAAUGACGAUUAACAAGUCUCAAGGGCAGUCCCUUGAAGUUUGCGGAGUAGAUCUCGAACGACCAUGUUUUUCCCACGGACAAUUGUACAUCGCUUGCUCCCGUGUCGGAUCCCCGAACAACUUGAUUAUUUAUGCUCCAGAUAGAAAAACGAAGAAUAUAACAUAUCCCACAGCAUUACAUUGA